CCAUACAAGGAGAAGCCCAAGCAAGCAGCUGUCGUCACUCAUCAAUUUGAAUUUCAAUUUUUCGACAACACAUUCUAAUCUUCUUCUUCUUCUUCUUCCGGAUCUUGCUGUUGUUGCUUCAUCAAUUCAUUGAUCACGUAGCGGUACCUACAACUUCCUUUUUCAGGUUUGAGGUGUUAGUAAGGUUUUGCAGCUUGUCGCUAUGUAAUUUCUUGUAAUCGUUCCUUGAUGCUUUAACCAGGAGCAGUUUAAUUGUUAGCUGGGACAUAUUUCUCUCCCAGAGCAAUAUGACAAAUCAAAACAGUUAUGUGCCUCCACCCUACAUUCCAUUGGGACACUCAGAUUUAGAAGCAGAGACUGGUCACCAUAAUGAAGUCCAUCUUGCUUCUCAUCAAACCGGUGAUGGACCGAUACCAUGGUCUUCUGGAAUCUGUGCUUGUUGCGAUGAUAUGCAGAGCUGUUGUGUGGGCCUCUUUUGUCCUUGCUAUUUGUUUGGGAAGAAUGCAGAAGUUUUAGGCUCUGGAACAUUGAUUGGGUCAUGCAUGACCCAUUUCAUUCUGUGGGCUCUUGUCAAUACUGUAUGUUGUUGCAUGACUGAUGGCAUUUUGUUGGGAUUGCCUGGAUGCUUUGUUUCAUGUUAUGCUUGUGGGUACCGCAGGGUGCUCCGAGAAAAGUAUAAUUUGCAGGAAGCACCAUGUGGUGAUCUUACGACACACUUUUUCUGUCAUUUAUGUGCUAACUGCCAGGAGUACAGAGAGAUUCGUGAAAGAACUUGCAACACUAACCCUGCUGAUCUUACACUGCCAGUGGUUGCAGCUCCCCGAAUCCAGACAAUGGAAUCAGGUAUUGCAGAGUAGUACUACUGUGAAUUAGAGCAGCGGCAAUUAUCUAUCUCUAUCCUUUGGCUGAUUUGUGCCUUUUAAGGUUGAGAUUGAUUAUGCUUCACAAUGUUUUGCUUAUGCUGAGAUGUGGUUGCACUUAAAGCAUGUUAGCUAAAUAUUGUAUCAUGACGUGAAGUGAAAUUGCUGGAAUCAACAGCAGAUUUUUGCUACCUGCUCUUGGCUCGCUUAAACUUUGAUGAACUUGCAUGAGACUCCUCAAAUCAAGUUUUAAUCUCGUUAAAGUAGGGUAGAUAUGCCAAAGGAUAGCAAGGGUUGCUGGGUGGAGGUGGUCAAACCUGGCUUUGAAACUUAGCUGUGAGUUUAUUUGAAAACUUUAGAGGUUGGAGGUUGUGAUUCUUAAUUUAUAUGAACAUGUUUCGAACAGUUCUCCACUUGCUUAAGUUUGUUUUACUUUUUCAUCUCAAA